UGGACUAUAAAGUACUUAUUGGAAUGAUGACGUUUCUAGAAUACGUUCCGUUCCAGUAAGAAACGAAUCGAGCUUUUUGUAAACAAUUUAUUUUCAAGUUUUCUGCAUGAAUUUACAAACACUGUAAGCAAGAAGUGAAAAAUUAUUUCCAAUAUAUAAGUUCACAUUAAAAUAACAUACGGGCGUAGUUGUAUUUCGUUAUCUGAAAUCUUUUUAUAGUGAUUCAAAUUAGUGUAAUUGUCUGGAUUUGAGAAACGAAACGGAACUUCUACUUUUCCUAUCGAAAGUACGAUCUCGACAUUCUCGACCGACUCGGUUCUAAUUACUUUAAUAUUGCUAAAACACCGCUAAAAAUGAUUUGCUGCUGUAUUUCUUCGUCUUGAAUGUUUAAGCUAUUAACAGAAAGAAGCUAUGGAAUGUGAGCAAUAACCGGUGAAGUGAGUGUGAUGUGUCGAUUCAAGUAGUUCGUGGUGAUUGAGCACUAUGCGAGUUUAGAAGUGGAGAGGCUCCCAGCCGAGACCCGGAGACUUCACGAUGCAUGACCUGCUGAAGCACGUCCUCACGGAGAGGGACCUCACGCGCGCCGGCGACCUGUUCUCCAUCACCGACAGCGAGAUCGUCGAUGACCUGAACGAAGUGCUAAAACAAAUAACAGAGAUCUCGUCCCGUCCCGACUACAUCCGCAAUGACCACGACCAAGCCCUGAUCGAGAUAUGCGUGACGCGCGUUACAUCAUGCGUGAAAGAGACAGGAACACUCGAGAAAUACUGCGGGGCUUUGGUGGCGUUACUGGAGUCUUGCUUGCACCAUAAUUUGAUGCCGGUGGGGCAUUUGCGGGAUGAUGAUCCACCACAUGCUAAAAUAGCGUCGGAUGUUAUUGCUUGUAUUGUUUUGGUGUCCUUCCCAAUCCAAUCUGACAAAGAGAUCAGCGGCAACAAGAACGUGAUGGAACUGUUCCUGCCCGUCGCAGUUCAGUUCCUACACAAGGGGAACCGCGAGAUCUCCCGUCACAUGGCUCGCUAUCUCUCUCUAGCAGCCGUUCAUCACGCUAUGUUGCUGAAACCACAUGUGCAGACGAUUAUGGACUCUAUCAUGACGGGGAACUAUCCCCUAAGCCGCAUCUUGACCAACCUCUACGAAGUCUGCCCGGAGCCGCUAGAAGGCCACGUGAUGGCGCUCGUCUCUCUCCUGCCCCACGCCGAGCAAGUCGAGAAGAACUCCCUGUUCGCACUCUUCGAACAGAUAGCCGCUAGGAGACCGGAGGCGCUGAAGACGAGCAUACCGCAGUUGCUGUCUUAUCUGUGCCCGCAUACGACCAGUCAGAAUGAUCCGGGGUGCAUGUGCGUGGAUAUACUGCAACUAAUAGUGUGCGUGUCCCGCGCCCGCGUCCCAUUGGUGCUGGAGCACGGCGCGGCGCUGCGCCGGGCUGCGCGCGCGCCGCACGCCACGCCGCAACACGUCGCACUCGUCGCCUCCGCGCUGGCUCAGAUGGGCUACACGUCCAAGGAGCGCGCCCAAGAAGCCUUGAACUUCAUCCUGGAGUCCAUGAGCUUCGGCGGCGCGGUGGGCGCGUCGCUAGUCCGCGAGUGUACUGCGCUGUGCAGCGCCUACCCAGCGCUCUUCACCGACCGCGUCCUCGCCGCCGUGCGGUCUAACCAUAGCUCCGAAGUAAAUCGCACAUCAGGCGGCGUUACCAUAGUGAAGUUGGGCGGCGCCAACGGCUCAGCCCCGCCCGUCCCCACCUCCGCUAAUGCGACAUCGCAAACUACCGCGGCAUGGAGCGGCGGCUACACGCGGCGCGCGAAGCUGGGCGACUCGCGCAGCACGGGCCGCCUGCACCCCGGCCCGCAGCCGCGCAGCAUGACCCGCCUCAACGUGGCCGGAGGCUCGGUCGGGGGGUUGCACAAGAGUAUGACGCGGCUCUCGUCGUCCCAGCAGAUCAACUCGCAACAGAACAACGCAGCUAAUGCAGCGGCGGCCAACAAGUCUCGCACGGCGGGCGUCACGGUGACCGCCCUGGGCCGCGCGCCGCGCGCCGCGCCCGCCCCCGCCCCCGCGCCGCACACGCACAACAUACUCAUUGGCACACAUCAUAACAGCACCGGGCCGACAAUAAUCACCAACCCUCCCCUAUCCACCCAGUCCAUCUCAGUGAACCCCCUAACGGGCAAGUCGGCCGACACCCUCCCCCUCCCCCUCCCCCACCCCGCGGCCGCGCUCGGACACGUGUCCGUCGUCACCCCGGCCGUCACCGUCACGUCGAGGCGCAACAACACCAGCGUCACCAUGAUCAACACCGGCCAGAACCACAGGAUCAGCGUGUUCGAGCCGUAUCCUAUGAGAGAUACGGUGCAGCAUUUCUGUGAGAAGCAUUUGGAUAAAAUCAAGGCCUAUAUGGAUAUGGUGUCGUUGAGAUUGCCACCGCCGGCUAAAUGCACCAUUGAAGAACGUCGGUCCAAGAAGCAGGCGCGGCUGCAGUUCUCGUGCGGCACCCGCGGGCCGCACUGCCUGUACUCGCGCACGCUGUUCAGCAUGCGCACGCGCGCGCCGCGCGUGUGGGUCCACCUCAUGUUCCUGGCGCUGCAGGCGCGCCACGCCGCCGCGCUCUCCUCCCGGGACGCCUCCGUCGCCAGCCUCAAACACUGCUGGGACAUACUCAAGUGUGAAAACAAGACCUUCCUCACGCUGGUCACCAGCGCUUUCCCCGGCAUCAAGGAGCAAGAAAUGCUGCUAAACGAACUACGUUCCGCCGGCUUUUUCGACGUGUUUUCCCUCACCACCCCGCUCGAGGCCGACGCGCCGCCCACCGCCGCCACGUGGGGCUGCUUCCUCUGCACACACCCCGAAAAGGCCCCCGGGUUCCUACAACCGGGGGCUCCGGUUAUAGAGGGAACACUGAAAGAAAAGAAGGGGAGGUGGAGGUUGUUCAGACGUUGGCGUACGAGAUAUUUCACGCUGUCCGGAGCUCAUCUCAGCGUCAAGGGCUCGAGCGGCGGCGAAAGCAUAGACAUCAACCAAAUCCGCUCAGUGAAAGUGUCGCGCGGCGCUCGCAACAUCCCGAAGGCCUUCGAGAUCUUCACCGGAGACCAGACCCUGAUCCUGAAGCCCGCGGCCGGCGACGCCGAGGAGUGGGCGCAGUGCCUCAGCAUCGCGGUGGCGACCUCUCAAGCGCGCCACGCGCCCGCCAAGGCCAACAGCUUGCCGGCGCGAGGACUCACGCUCAAGAGCUUCUGACCAGGUAUGUGCUCCUG